AUGUGUAGAAAAGUAGACUUGAUGUGCAUAGCUGUAAGAUGCACAAGUUGGAGAUGGUAAAGAUAGGUUCCAAGAGGAGCCCUAGAAAGUGUAAGACAAAAAAGUAAAUAAAGAUGACAAAGACAUUAGGCUAAGUAGGCCCAGAUUGUGAAGAAGAGAGAGAUGGAGAAGUGCUGGGCGACUUGGGCUGGUCCAGGUGAGGAGAAUGGCACCCAAGAGGCUUGGGGUGCCCAAUUGGGUGCUCAAGUCGCCCAUAGUCAAGGUGGGGACGUGAGGAACCCUCAAAGUGGGCCUGGAAGCGCCCCCACUAGUGGAACCGCGAUUCCACAAGUUGGAUUCGUGGUUCCACAAGCUGGAACCGCGUUUUCAUGGUUGAGAAACGUGGGUCCAGGUUGGAGUCGCGUCCCAAAUGUUGGGAUGCGUGGUGAGGUACCCCAAUUCGGAUUUUGGGGUGCCUAGCCUCUGAUAAAAUCACUUGGGGGGCACCCUAUUCCUAAUAUGACCCAACCACUAAUGUCUACACCUAAUAUAAUGCCCUGGACCGCCUGCACACUCGCCGUCGCCUGCUACUCACGGGCACCGCCGCUGCAGAACUCAACGCUGGAGCUGUGGGACCUGGCGUGCUUCGUGCAGCGCCCCCGCAUGCACCAAGCCGUCUUUGGAAUGGGCAGGGGAUGAGGAGGAAGGGAGGGAGGGAGACGGGGAGGAAGGGAAGGAGGGAGAGCGUGGGGAAGGGAAGGAGUGGGCAUCGCCCAAGGAGAGGAGUGGGUACGAGGGUGUGGCAGGGUCAGAGGAGUUUCCGCUGGUGAAGGUGCAGGGGCUGAAGGCGCUCAUGUUCGACCUUGUGCAGACAGACGGGCAACACCUAGUGGACGUCACUCUUCUCCUGCACCCCACGCCUCUCCAGCUCGCGAUCCUCAAAGCCUUCUACUCCGCCUCAGUGCAGCCCCGCCUAGCCCAGCAGCAGCAGCAGCAGCAGUCAUUGCGACACAACAUCAACAACAUCAACACCAGCAGCAGCGCUAGCAGCGCGGAGUGGCAGCUGUCGAUGAUAGACCUCAAGAUAGUGGGCAGCCUAUGCGUGCAUCCAUGUGCCUUCGCCUGGAAGCUCAACCGCGGCAUCCGGGGCAUGCCGCAAGCGAUGCACGCCAUGCGCUCCUUCCAGCCCUCAGCGCUGUGUGCCUCUGGCAGGGUAGGCUUAGAAGGGCAGGGCGCUUUAGGUGGAUCGCCUCCCAAAGCAAGUAGCGACAAAAUGGGUGCUGGCAAGGGGAUGAAUGGCGAGCCGCAGUUUUUGGAGCGCAACAGGGAGGCGUUGAGUGCGAUGUGGGGUGCUAUAGAGCGGCAGCAGGGCGCGGAGGUGUCACCGAAGCUGGCGGCGAUGGUGGCGAUUGUGCGGCAAGCAGUGCGCCUGGGGGAGAAGGUGGUGGUGUUUGCCGAGGAGCACGUGCACUUGGACCUGGUGGUGGGGUUGCUAUGCCAUGCCAUGAGCUGGAAGCGGGACGAGCAGGUGUUGCGUGUGGACGGCAACAUGACCCAGGGGCAGCGCAGCGACGCGUUCGAGCGCUUCCAGAAGGAGAAAGGCCCGCGCUCAGCGGUGAUGGUGGCGGCAGUGAGGGCGUGCGGCCUGGGCAUCGACUUCACUGUGGCCUCCAGAGUCGUCAUGCUGGAUGCCCUCUGGAACCCUGCGUCUGAUCAGCAGGCCAUCUCGCGUGUGUGGCGCACGGGACAGCAGCGGCGUGUGCAUGUCUACCGGCUGUUGGUGGAGGGGAUGGGCGAGAUGUACAAGCUGCGGUGUGCGCAGGCCAAGCAGCGCCUCUCCCACGUCAUCUUCCACUCCGCUGCGGGGGGUGCUCUUGCUAGUGCUGGCACAUCCUCCUCCCCCAACCUGAAUGACACCUGCCUCGCAGACCCCAUUCUCCGCCACCUCCUCACCCUACCCUCCACCAAUCCUCAAUCUAACUCCACUCACACCGUCUCCUUCGGUCCUCCCUCUUCCAGCCCUCGCUUUGCUCAGCUUCAUUUGUCUCCUGAUGCCUCUCAGUGCCACCAGCCACCGCCACACACUGGUGUGUCUGCCACUGAGAGGAGCGACAACGGCUCGCAGCUGUGUGGGCAGCACCCAUUAGCCUGUCUGGGAGGUCACUCUGACUGCGAUGGGCGGCGGCUAAUUUGUCGGGUUGAGUUGCAGAGGAAUGGUGUCGCAACCACUGUACAUAUAGAAUCGUAAAAGGGUGUACCAGUUGUAUAUAAUUACACUAAUUGCGUGUGGGAUGCAGGAAACUAACAGCAUGAUGGAGCUAUAUUUAGAUGAUUGCAAGAUGUGUGAACCAAUGCAAGGAUGCUUUAUACAUGAGAUGUUAGUUAUCAAGAACAUGGUGAGCGUAGGCAAUUUAGAGUGGGAGUAAACCAGAGUGGUUAGA